CAAGGAAUGACAAUUGAGACGACCGUCGGGAGACAUCCGGUGACAACAUCCCUUGUGGCAUCUGUCAACCCGGUUUGUCCUUGACACAAGGCUGCGCGUAGCAACAUGACCUUGCGAUCGCAAUCGGUCGUCACGAGAGGAUGCGGUGUUGCUCGGAGUGCAGCCGUUGGUCGGCCAGCGGAACGGCCGAAAACCUACGACACGUUGCAGCGCGAACGGUCCGAACCAAGAAGUCGAGCGGUGAUGACAUGCGAUGAGCCGCAAUUCUACGCGUCGCAAAGUGCGCACUGUACAAAUGUGGAGGGGGCGUUGCACGAAAUGUGGUCGCACAAACGCGUACACCCGUCGCCCAUCAAUGCAGCUGCCACCGUCUCGGAAUUUGAGUACUUCUAGAAACGGAGUCGCACCUGACGACCAUCGCAAUCCAGGAAUUAUGCAUAUUGUUUGUUCCUGGAUCAAGGUACGACGUGGGCUGGGCUGGUAUAGAAUAAGAAUGCGGUCCAGAUUUUUAUGUAGGUGGAGACUCUCCUGCGACUACCGACGAACUUGAAGAAGCGGGUCUUCUAUGGAUGCUGACUUUCCGGACCUGAUCUGAAAACCCGGUACGUGUAUAAAUCUCCUUGGACCUCCCUCGAACCCUUUCAAGUACGGACCAGCAUCAUGGCGAGAAGAACAAUGUUCUCCAAGCGACUGCUUACUACAAUCACGGCUGUCUUGGCGACCAUUGCUGCUGCCACGCCGAUACUAGUGAACGAAGAAGGGAAUGGAGUUGAGCGAAGGCAAGCUGGCUAUGCCUCCACUGCCUCUGUGAACUCCACGGCCUCAUCACAAUCCGCGACGAACACAACCAGCAAGCCGCCGUUCAAGGGCAAGAUACCAUACAAGUCUGUGAUGUACUUCCCAAACUGGGACAUCUAUGGAAGGAACUACCAGCCGGCCGACUUACCCGCAGAUAAACUGACCCAUGUCCUCUACUCCUUCGCAAACGUACGACCCGAAACUGGUGAAGUCUACCUCAGUGACACCUACGCAGAUUUGGAGAAGCAUUACCCGGAUGACAGCUGGAGCGAAACUGGCAACAAUGCCUAUGGCUGCAUCAAACAACUCUACCUACUGAAGAAGAAGAACCGCUACAUGAAAACACUUCUCAGUAUCGGAGGGUGGACGUACAGCACCAACUUCCCGAAACCCGCGUCCACCCCUGAAGGCCGCCAGACCUUCGCAACCUCCGCCGUCAAACUCCUCAAAGACCUCGGCUUCGACGGUCUCGACAUCGACUGGGAAUACCCCCAAGAUGCCACCGAAGCCACCAACGCCGUCCUCCUCCUCCAGGCAAUCCGCUCCGCCCUCGACGAAUACGCCUCAACCCUCAAACUAAAAGUCAAACCCCACUUCCUCCUCACAGUCGCCACAGCCGCCGGCCCCGCAAAUUACGAGAAACUCGACAUCGCAGGGAUGGACUCCGUCCUCGAUUUCUGGAAUCUCAUGGCAUACGACUACGCCGGCUCUUGGGAUACAAUGGCAGGCCACCAAGCCAACCUUUUCAAAGAUACUUCCAACACGAACAGCACCCCUUUCUCCACUGAUCAAGCCGUAAAUUGGUACAUCCAAAACGGAAUCGAUUCCCGUAAAAUCGUCCUUGGACUACCACUCUACGGUCGAGCUUUCACCAAUACCAUCGGCCCAGGAACAGCAUAUACCGGUGUAGGAGAAGGCAGCUGGGAAAAUGGCGUAUGGGACUACAAAGAUCUCCCUCAAACCGGCGCGAAAGAAUUCUAUGAUCCUGUGAUUGGUGCUUCGUGGAGUUAUGAUCCUGCUACGAAAACAAUGGUGAGUUAUGAUACGCCGGAAAUGGCACAGCAGAAAAUGGAAUAUAUCAAAGAGAAGAAUUUGGGUGGGGCGAUGUGGUGGGAGGCGAACGGGGAUAGUAAUGUUACGGAUGUUGGGGUCGGGGCUACGACGGAGGUGGGGAAGGGUUUGGCGAGAGGGUUGGUGCAGUUGACUGUGAAGGGGUUGGCGACGUUGGAUGGGGUGAUGAAUGUUUUGGAGUAUCCGGAGAGUCAGUAUGAUAAUAUUAAGAAUGGGAUGGUGUGAGUAGGUGGAUUGAUGGUGAGUUGGGAGUUGUGAUGGAAGAGGAGGAUGGGUGGUGUUAUUUGGAGUUUGGCGGAGGGGUUUGUGGGGAUGAACCUGACGACAGCACUACGAGGAUUGGAGGCUUUUGAUGAGGGAAUGGCGUUUGGAAAUGGGCAUUUUUGGGAGCAUAGCAUAGCGAGUAUGACCUGUGCGUGGCUACCGGGGAAUAGAUAUAUGAUCAACGACCUGUUUUUGACUCUAUGCUUUCAUUGCAUGCCAACACGUAACAGCCUUUGAAAUGUAGGAGCGUCGACCUGUAGAAGUCCUGGAACCGGAAAUUAUCGUCGAUCGUGGAUACCCAGGUCUGACUUUCUACGAAAAAGUAUCUCGUACUUGCUGCUCCUGUGGGUUACAGCUUCGCCAGGGCUUGGGACUUCUGGUAGAGCCUGCCUUGCUGCUUUUCGUCGCUUGACGUACGAGCUUGGUCAAGCUGGCAGCCACGCACUGUCCAAAACUUCCUUCGCGCAGUGGAGGCACCUUCUCGACGCAUAUGUAGGCCAUGCUGCUAGACGCAGAACGAAUCGGUGUGAUUUAUGUCAUUUGUAGGGCUUGCCCGAUACUGAACGCUCUGUAAAGAGAAGUGCUGAUCUUGUUUUGAACGCCCUGGCUUCACGAUUGAACGCUGGGUACGUGAAUGUAGCCGCUCGCAAUAUCGAAGUACGUGCUCUGCACUUGCUUGCUGAUCGAGGUUCGUUCCUGUAGAAAUAUGUCAGCAGCCGUGCUGAGAGCGUCGUCCUUACCUGUAUGCCCCCCGUUGUCAUGUAAACAGGAGGCUGUGCUGUGCCCUUUCUCAUCAAGUAUGUGCCAUCCCACCCAUCUUCGUUUCGUUCGAUUCGCAUCUUCCCUCCAUCUCUACACGCUGCGAUCCACCAGCCCUGGCUUCUCCAACGACCCAGCACCGAGGCUUCGACGCCAUCUCCAAUAACAAGCAGUGUAAUCUUUUCUCCUGGCCUCAGAGUUCCUUUGGCAGACAGAUGCUAACAAACGCCAGUUUCCCGACGCUUGAUAGUCCCGCUCGU